AUGAGCUCCAGAGGCAAAAGAAUACUAGACAUAGCUUUAAGAGCUAAUGAGAGCCAACGUAAUAUGUACGCAUGUGAAAGCAACGUAUCUGGAACUGAUAGUGAAGGUGAGGUCAACUGCCUGUUCGGUGAUCACUCAAGUGAUGAAUACCAACCUGAUUAUGAAGAUAUGAGCGAUUCUGACCGAGAAUCUGUUACAGAACUUCAACCCAACAAUUUUGUUGUGCGACGCAACGAGGAUGAAAACAUAUGUGAGAAUACAGUAACAACUCAUGCCAACACCUUAAAUUUUAAUCUGUCAUUUGGCUACCCUAAAAGCGACACCUGCAGUAUUUGGGAUGCUGGUGAAUCGAAUGAAGAACAUGUUGAAAAUUAUCAUGAAGCAUAUGAUGCCCUGAAAACUGAUAGAGAGAAAGUCAAAGGUUCAUAUAAUUUGUCUUAUAUGACAAUGGACUUGCAGCAGACCAUACCUCUGCCUCGGCUAAGCACAUCUAAAGCCUUCUAUUUGAGGCAAUUGUGGAUGUGCAAUUUUGGCACCCAUAUUUCAACUAAAGAGGUGGAAAAAGCUGUAUUUUGUUCAUGGACUGAAGAUCAGGCGUCAAGAGGAAGCUCUGAAGUAUUUAGCUGCCUCCUUACAAUUUUAGAGCUAGAGGAUUCUGUAAAAAACAAAGACCAUCUUAUUAUCUGGUCAGACUCAUGUGCAGGACGGAACAAAAACUUUCUAAUAAUCUGUCUAUAUCAGUACUUGAUACACAAAGGUCUAUUCAAAAUAAUAGAUCAUAAAUUCCCUGAAGUAGGACAUACUUAUUUAGAUUCAGAUAGGGAUUUUGGGCGCAUCGAGAAAAACUUGCGCAAACACCAGAAGAGUAUAGAGAGAUCAUUGUUAAAUCCUGUUGAAAAUAUAAAGUCAUAG